UUCGGUUUGGUGUAUGACUGUGACGGAACUCUCUCUUUCUCUUCUUUUCUUUGGGGGCAUUCGUAUGCCUUCACGCGCUUCCAAUCUAUUAAUUGACUAAUAAAGAAAUAUAUUUGGAUUUGUUUACUAAAUUCUAACAGCAAGCACGCAAUCUUUUUCUUCUUCUUUCUUCCUUUCAAAGACCCCCGAAUCUGAAGUUUGUUGCUUUCACGAUCUCUGUUCUUUAAACUAAAGUGAAGAAGACUUACUGUUCAGAAGAUCAUCUCCAAAUUGUUUUUUUCUCUCUGGGUUUCCAUUUUUCUACUACUUUUCCUGGGUGUUGCAGAAUAAACAAGAAAAGGGUUUUGUUGUUCUUCAAAUUCUAGUGCCUGGAAGUUGGAACUGCUGCUGAAAGGCAUGAUUGCAUGUUUUAGGCUGAAUUAUGUGCCUUGAAAUGGAUUUGACAUCUUGAUUUAAUAUUUACUAAAUAUUGUUAUUAAUGGCCGCUGAGGGGACUGAAACUCCACCAACCUCUGACAAAGUUACUCCCAAAGAUCGAAGGAGAAACUCAACAGGAAAAACAACCACUUCUGGAAGUGAGGAAAAGAAAAUUCCUCAUUAUCUCAGUGCUACCUGCAAUACCUCCAAUUCCUGUCACGAUUUCUGUAAAUAUGGAAGGAAACAUGAUUUUGAGGAGGAAAAACGCCCCAGACUGAAAGAACUAAGAGCAAAAAUGAUUCAAGACAAAAAGGCGGGUAAAACUGUAAAUCCUGUGGAGAUAAGAUAUACACCAAUCAACUCUAAGGCUUCACCUCAUCAACCAGUUCAGGUAUAUGAAGCACCCAAAAUCAUCAAGGAGGCAGCAUCUUCUAAGAGAGAAAAUGUUUCUGAGCAGAAUGCUUCUCCUGAUCAACUAGUUGGGGUAUCUGAAACACCCAAAAUCAUGAAGAAGGAGACAGCAUCCUGCAAGAGAACAAAUGUUUCUAAGCCGAAGUCUUCUCCUGAUCAACUAGUUCAGGUACCUGAAAUACCCAGAACUAUGAAGAAGGAGCCAACAUCCUUUAAGAGAACAAAUGGUUCUGAGCCGAAGGCUUCUCCUGAUCAACUAGUUCGGGUACUGGAAACACCCAGAGCUAUGAAGAAGGAGACAACAUCCUUUAAGAGAACAAAUGGUUCUGAGCCGAAGGCUUCUCCUGAUCAACUAGUUCGGGUACUUGAAACACCCAAAAUUAUCAAGAAGAAGGCAACUUCCUUUAAGAGAACAGACAUUUCUGCAAAGCCUUCAACAGAAAAGUCAUCUCCCUCUCCUUUGAGUACUUCAGGUGGCAUGACGGGUAGAAGGAACAGCGAAAGCAAGGUACUAAAAAUGGAUGGGGUCUCCAAAAUAGGUCAGAAGAAAACUGUGGUGUUACCAAAAGCUUCAUUAUCUCCAAGACUUUCUAUUAACAGAGUGGCAAGCUUAAUAACUAAGUCUAAGGUCCUGAAGACCGGAGCUUCUCCUUCGAAGAAUCCAAAGGUUAAGAAGGAUGGAUCUAAUGAAGAAGUACGAGAAAAAACCUUGUAUAUUAUCAGCCCACAACCCAAGGAAGGAAACUUGGAAGCCGGUUAUAAUCUGACACGUUUGCCUGAGAGAGAUGUGGAAAAAGAUGGUCAAGAAGGAGAAGAAUAUGAAGAGUCUGAAUAUACAACUGAUGAUGAAAUUGAGGCUCUGUCAGAGACUGGUGAAGAUGUAAAUGGGAACCCAGUAGACAAAGAAAAAUACAAGAGGGGGCCAAGAAAGACCGUUCGCGUUGAAGAUGAAGAAGUAGCUCGAAAGUUAAACUUUAGGAGGGGAAAAGUGGUCAACCCUCAGGCAGAAAAUAAUGGUGCUAGGAGACUCAAAUUCAAUAGAGGAAAAGGGUUAGACAGCAAUCAAAAUGGUGCUACUGACAAUAGGAGAAGAUAUAGGAAGACCGAAGUGAAUAAUGAUGAUACAAACAAUGGUAAACCCAAAUCUGAAAAUGUUGUUCUAAGGCAUCAAGAUGCACAGGAAAAGAAAGACGCCCAGGGCUUGUAUAAUAAUGUCAUUGAAGAAACUGCAAGCAUGCUUGUCGAGAAAAGAAAAAGCAAGGUGAAAGCAUUGGUGGGUGCUUUCGAAACUGUUAUUUCCCUACAAGAGAGCAAACCUUCUACCCACCAGAACUGAUUGAAAACUCGCUGAAGAGAAAGAAAUCUCCCUCACAUUUUUAUACAACAAGCCUUAAGUUUUUUUUUGUUUUUGAGGUGAUGCUGGAGUUGAACUAUCUUUCUGGAAGGUGUGUAAAUAAACAAAAUUCUCAGUUGCAAUGUGGGAAGCGUGUUCCUGUAUACUCCAAUGUGUGCUUUUGUUUGUAGGAAGAGGUAUGCGUUCAUUUUUUUUUACUGCUUCUUGACUGAGACACUAAUGCUAAUGUGAUCCUUGUUAUUAUACAUUGCGAGUCUGUGACUGGUGUAAUAACUCUGUAACUUGAUUUAGUAAAAAUGACUCCUAGUUUUAUCGGGUCAGUGUAACUUUGUUUUUAUUA